AUGAUCCUGGUUCAUCAUCUGACUCACUCAGCUGCUCUCAGGUUUUUGUACGACUGUUUCUCACUGUGGGACUACUACCACAUCUUCGGCUCUGGGACUAAACUGAUUGUAACAGGUAAGAACAAAAACUCAUUUCCUCAUUUUUUAUUUUCUGCUGCUUCUUGUGUUUUAAAUCUUCUUCUUGUUGUUUUUUAGAUUUAGAUCUUGUUGUUUGUCACAUAAAAAAUAUUCAUAAAUCAAACCAGAAGAAUUAAUCUGUCUGCAUAUCUGAAGAUCAGACUUUUUAAUUUAAUGAAUCUGAUUUAUUAAAAGAACAGAGUUGAUAUUUGAAAUUGAUAAAUGCACUUUUUUACCCUUUAGUUCUCACUAACAGAGAGUCCUACCCACCUGUUGAAUUUUAACCCAGCUAAAAUUGAAUGUAAAAACAAUCUAAAAUUUAAAAUUGGUAAAAAAAAAAAAAAAUUCUCAGGAAUUAAAAUCUGUGAUUGAUUAAAGUUCAGAAAGAUUUUGAUUGUAUUCCGUGUGAAUGUGACAAACAUAAAGUAUUUAUUUUUUUAAUACAUAAAAUUUAAAUAGUGUAAAUACAAAUUUAAAGAGGCAUAAUUGUUUUUCUGUGUUUGUCUGAUUUAUCAGUACAAAUUCUAUUACUUUUAUUUAAUUUGAAAUUUUACAUUUUGUUCCAUAUCAAAAUAAUUUAUUUUGAAAUCAGUUUAAUUAUAAAAAGAAAAAUAAUAACAAUAAUAAUAAUUGAAGUUAUCAAUAGAACAAGCUCUCCCUUUGGUAAUAUGAGAACUGUAUUUCACGUCAUAAUAACAUUAUCUCAUACAUGUAUACAUACUUGCUAACAUUGGGUCGUGAUAAAUAGGAAGAUUUUUUUCAUUGGUUUAUUGGCCCGAUGAAAACGGUUCCUGCUCCAGGUGUGCGCAUUAAUUGUCAUCAAUUCUUUCCUUGUAUUUUAAACCUGAUGAAGGAACCUUGUUCUGAAAAUUUCUUUGAUAUUCAAUAAAUAAUUCUGUUUACCAUUGAGGAAAAUGAAAAAAUGAGCAGUUUUAAUAAUAAGGUCAAUAAUAAGGCAGCUGCAGUAUCAUGUAUUUAUUGUGUAGUGUUUAUUGCAUAUCAAAUUAAAAAGUGUGUGUCAACGUCUUUUAUCUGUCAUCUCUUAUCUCUUUUAUCUAAUUUCAGUUUUACUCUCUUUUUAGCUUUUGUUCAACUUGUACUCUUUUCUUAAUUAACCUUUUAGGCCUUUUAUUGUUUUAUCUCUUGCUCAUUUCUGUUGCUCUAUUUUAUCAUUACUAUUAUUAUCAGUUUUACCUGUUAUUAUUUUAUUAUCAUUGUUGAUUUUGCCUUUUAUAUUCACUAUCCAGUUUCCACUUUCGUCCUCCCUUUUAAUUGCAUUUUCCUUUUUUCUUCACUAUUUUAUGUUUUUAUUUUGGUCCUCAUGGUCUCACUUUAUGUUGCAUGGUUCUUGUAUUGUCCGGGUUCCUUCAAUUCUGUUUUAACUGAGCUUUUUGUUUUUAUUUGUCUUUUUCCAUGUGCUCUAUUACGAUAUGUCAAAGCACUUUGUAAAUGUCUGUUUUUAAAAGUGCCAUACAAAUAAAGUUAUUAUUAUUAUUAUUAUUAUUAUUAUUAUUAUCUAAAGGUUUAAGUGGCUGCUGUUAUGAAGAAAACUGAACUCGUAUUUCAAAUUCCAUAAAGUUCUGCUGCUAACGAGACGAGUAAUAAAACAUUAGACACUUUAAAAUAGCGUUUUGGCUGCAAGUAAGUCGUAGAUAAUGUACAGGAACUCUUUCUCUAUCCAUCUCUGUCUGAAUGCUGACUUCUUAUUCCAAGUAAAUUCUUAUUAUAAUUAUUAUUAUCCGGCAGUGUCAACUCAACAGUCACUGUAAAAAUCAGAAGAUUAGAGGGAGAAAUUACUGACCGGGAGAAUCGCGGGAGAUUGGGUUAAACAUCAUGAGUCUCCUACGUGAAUCGGAGAGUUGGCAAGAAUACAUUUCCCUGAUGAAGCAAACCGUCCACCCACCACCUUAGUGUGUUAUUGGAAACCACUGUUUUUGCCACAGUGUCAACAGGCAGAGGUGUCAUGUGUUUGUCCAGGAGGUGAAAUUAUUAUAAUAGUGAGAAGUUUAGUGAUCAGAGUCUUGAUCCCUCCACAGAUAAGCCCGUGGUGAAGCCCGUGGUGAGUGUGUACCCGGCAGCAUCCAGAGCCCAGCUGGAGGGGAAGAGCUCCCUGCUGUGUGUGGCCUCAGACAUGUUUCCUCCUCUGGUCCAGAUCUCCUGGAGAAGACGGGUGGUCGGCGGUUCUCUGAAGGAGCUGUCCUCUGCUGAAGGAGAGCAGCUGGAGCUCAGAGAAUCUGGACGCACCGUCUCCAUCAGAGUGGUCGACCAAGAUCCUGUCCACACGUUCAAAUACCUCUGCACAGUUCUGCACGAGGGGGGCACAGUGGAGGCUCCAUGUGAACAAGGUAAAGAGAAGAUUAGUGAUGGUGCAGACACCGUCACAGAAAAGAGGAGCAGAGGACUGAUGAUGGUUUACAUGUCUGUGUUUCAGAGGUUCCUGCUGUGGCUCUGGUCAUGUUUGAGUCCAGGGUGAAGCUGCUGUCAGUCCUGUACUCUCUGCUGAUCCUGAAGAGUCUGGUGUACUGCUGUGGACUCUCUCUGCUGACCAUCUUCACUAACAAGCCACCGUCCAUCAGCUGA